AUGGCGCGACUUCUUGUUGCAGUCUUCGUGGCACUUGCGGUCGAUGGCGCCAGUGCGUUUGCUCCCUCCUCUUCAACCCUCCAGAUCAGGACUCAAGUUCCGAAGCACGCUUGCAGGCUCCGCAUGCAGGAGAGUGAAACCCAGGAGCCAGUCCUGUCGGAAACGCGCAAGCGCGGACUUGAUGCGAGGAGGACCAGCUGGUUGAGUCGCAAUCUCCCUGAGGAGCAGCUGAUGGCCAAGAAGUAUUACGACGUUGAGAACAGAGGCGAGCUGCUUGCUGGACCUGACAGGUCUGCUGCUGGCGAGUGGGGUGAAGAACUUACAGAGAUCGGCAAGUGGCAGCGUACGAAUGGUCCGAUCUACAUUCAGGCAGCAGGAGGAGGACUUCUCUUGUUCGGAUUCGUCAACUACUUCGCCCUUGGGAACAUCGGACAUCUGUCGCAACCAAUCUGGACGCUCAGCAUCUUUGUGGCUCUGCUCGGAUUUGCUUUGCAGCGCAAGACUAGCUAA